CAGAGGGAAGUACAGUCCCCGAGCAGGACUGGGCGCACGACUGCAAAGAGGAGAGCGGAGCGGAGCCAGGCUGGGCGCAAAGAAAGCAAAGCGGAGGAGCGAGAGAGCCGAUUGCGCGCCAGGGAAAGGACGGCGCAAGGCAAGGCGGGUUCCCUCCUGGCUCCCAGACAGGAUCAGGCUCAGGAUCAGGCGGGCUGCAACGCGGCGCUCUCGCCUUCCCUCCCACUCCCCACUUUUUCUUACCGCCUCCCCCCCCCAAUUUGAGGAGGGGGGAUCGCUGUUCUGACCAUCUUGGAGACGGAGGGGGAAGCGAGGAAAGCGCCCGGGCGUUUGGCGAGCCGCGGUCGGCCCAGAAGGCGCCUCUGUGCCGGGUGGGAGGAGAAGAAAAAGCCCCCCCGAGCGACGGUCGAGACUGUGGGGAGCCCGAGAGCGGGGCGGAAGAUGACCCAAGAACAAGCUGGGAAGGUACAGUUGCAGGAGCGAAGAAAAUGAUGGGUGAGCAAGAGCAUCAGGCAACGAGGAAUUGAUGUGGUGGAUGACUCCCUUGCUGAUGAUGACUUGUAGACAACCCAAGAGGAACUGACCAUAUAACUGAAGUUGCCGAAGCCAUGAAGACCCACAACACCCCAGAGAAGAAAACAUCAAGCUCCUCCGCGCCUUCUCGGUGGCACAGGGGUAGGUUUCGGCGCAAGCCCUCCCCGCAGACGGUGGUGAAGGGACAGCUUCGGAUGCGCUCGCCCUCGGGAGUCUUUGUGAUGGUGGGGAUCUCGGUGGUCUUGGUGGGAAUGACCAUUGCCGUCAUCGGGUAUUGGCCUCACCGUACAAAGUCUGGCGGUGGCAGGCCAGGGAGUUCCAAUGUCACCGGAGACAUCAGGAAGGAAAUUAAGGUUUCUCCCCAAGCUCGCUCCUUCCUCCACAGUGAGAAAUUGAAGCUCAUUGGGCCGGUCGUCAUGGGCGUGGGCCUUUUUAUCUUCAUCUGUGCUAAUACGAUGCUGUACGAAAACCGAGACAUGGAGACUCGCUUGUUGAUGCAGCAGGAGCUCUAUUCCCUGGGCCUGAAUUUCCCACAGGACACGGGACCCGCGAGCGAUUACUUUCAAAGGAGAAGGACCACCUCGUCCACCCUCAGGGCCAAUGCUGAAUGCGUAGAAGGCUACUACGAGGUGGACCUUUCUUCCAGUGGCUUCCAGUCUUGUUCCAGCCCUGUAAAGAAAUGGAUCAACAGCUGCAAUUCCAGCAGGCUCCAAACCACAACCCAAUUCUUUCAUCACAAGAGCAUCUCACCUUCGCUGUCUCUCUUGAGCAUCCAUUCGGACUCCGGCAACACCAUGCCGGAGAACGGAGCCUUCUCCUUCACUCGCGGAACAGAGUCCAUCCUCUCUACAGCUGUUAACGCCCUGCCUUUGCCUCUCAUUAAACUGAACAGCUGUCUGCUUGAAAAGCAGAGCGUUUCUCGGGGGGGUAUCCAAGACUUGAAAAACAAUUGUAGGUUGCCAGAGGAGAAGGAGGAGGUCCGGAGACUCUCGUGGACUUUCCUUCCUGGAUGCAACCACGUUGUGCCCAGGAAGGACACCCUUAAAGGCAGCCACGUAGUUAUCGAUAUGGAUAGCACACCCCACUCAGGCACCUUGGGGGAUAACUUUCAUGAAUGUGCAAAGAGAGAGUUCCCGAAUUCAGGUCAUUCAAAAUCCUUGGAUCUCGGCCAGCCAAGAACGGCAUUAGUGGCACCCAGCAUAGAUAGGAAACACAGGAGCUGGCCUAGGCUGGAUCACAUUGACCUACUCAACUAUGCAAAACUGGAAAGUCAAGGAGAAUCUUCUGAUAGGCUUUUGGAGGCCUCAAAAGAGCUUUUUAGGGGGGAGAGCAUUUCAUUAUCCCAGGAAAUUCCUAUGAAAACGGGUCCUAUCAUUUGAUCCAGCACCCAAAGGGAACUGUGUUGUUUCGCUACGUCAGAUUUUAGGCAUUGCCAAGAAGGUGGGGAGGAGGCACGCAGGCCCAUCAGUAUUUGCCAUGAGGAUUGCAAUGCUGGCUGCUUAAUUCAUCAGCCAAGGUCUGUUGCCGACGGAGAAAUAGUUUGGAUGACUUUCCUCCCAAGAGGUCAUGCAGUUUCUUGCCUUAACUAAAAAGUCUGAUUGAGUGUGGAAAAAAACGUUGCCCUGGAUGGAUUUACACAUUCCAGGUUGCGUACGUCUGUGUAGGAACACAAACCCCGUUUGUGGGUUGGGUCGCUGAGUCUGGAGUUCCCUGUCACACAACUGGGCUGCUCACCGUGCACUUCUAAGGGCUGAGGGGGAAAGGGAGAAAAUAGCACGACUUCAGAAAUGCUGAAGUGAAGCCUCCUAAAAUCACAAAGACCUGGUUUUCAAAAAAAAAAAUCGUGAAGUCACACUUUUAUACAGGGAUACAAGUUUCUCAUUUCGUCGAAGCUCAGCUACAGUUCCUGCCUGAGGUCUUUUAAUGCUCGGUUAGGAAUAUUAGUUUAUUUUUUCUUUUCAAGACGGUUUGAAUACACUUGUGUUGCUGAUCUCAUAAUUUGGAAGCCGGUGGUUUCUAAAGUAAAAAAACAAAAACAAAACAAAACAAUCCUACAAAUUAA